AUGAAGGCAAUCACGUUAGCCGCUCAAAGUAUCCAGCUGGGGUAUGCUGACGUUGUUAUCGCUGGCGGAACUGAAUCGAUGUCAGGCUGUCCUAAUUACACUGAUGGAAAGCGAACCACGAACGGCGUCGUUACAGAUGGACUGACGGACGCCUAUGGUAACAAAGAGCACAUGGGCCUCAAGGCAGAACUCUGCGCAAAAACGCAUAGCAUCGGGAGAGACGAGCAGGACGACUAUGCCAUUGAUAGCUACCGCAAAGCGCUUGCGGCAACAUUACAAGGCUUCCUUCGUCAGGAGAUCGCACCCAUCAAGUUUGACGAGACGAAACUGCGACAUCUGCCGCCCAUUUUCGCCUCGGCAGCAGGCGGUGGUACUGUUACCGCAGCAAAUUCACCUGCGCUAGCUGACGGGGCGUCUGCAGUCGUGCUGGUCUCCGAGGCGAAGCUUCAGGCCUUGGGUGUAAGCCCAGUAGCCCGAGUGCUUGGUUGGGCAGACGCAGAAACGCACCCAGGUGCCUUUACAACGGCUCCUGCAUUAGCUCUCCCCAAAGCCCUAAGUCGAGCAGCUGUUCAGCUUGAUGAGGUCGACGCUUUCGAGAUCAACGAAGCAUUUGCCGUGGCCGCCCUGGCGAAUGUGCGCCUGCUAGGGAUUGAGGCGACAAAAGUGAACCGGCACGGCGGAGCGGUGGCCUUGGGACACGCCCUCGCGAAUAGUGGGAGCCGCAUUUUGACCACGCUGCUCGGCGUGCUGCACCAAGAGCACAAACGCAAGGGAGGCGGCCCGGUCGUUGGAGCGGCUGCUAUCUGCGCGGGUGGAGGCUCUUCCGUGGCCAUCGUCGUGGAACGGCUCUGA